AUGCUGCCCCCAAUGGGAGGACCGCUUCCACUGCCAGGCCCGCCCACGCCGGAGAUGCAAGAGAAGCUGCGUAAGAUUCGGCUUUGUGUGAUUGGCACCUUCGCGGCCGCCAUCGGGCGAUUCUGCACUGGGGACAUCCCGAUCAACGAGCUGCUCUGCGGCAUAGUGGGUGUCUUUCUGCUGAAUGACGACCCCAACAUGGCACCCUGCUAUGCGUGCCUCGCCAGCAGCCCUCUAGGCCAGUGCAGCAUGGGCGGUCAUGGCUUGAGCUGCGUCAUGGCGUACUCCUUCCUGGCGGGGCUCAAUGCGAUCUUCCUGAUGCUGAAGUUGUUCACCGGGGGGCCCUUCGUGUUGGUGUCCUUCUGCUGCCAGGCCACUGGCGCUUUCCUGGGCCUCAAGCUGAACGGCCUGGUCACCGCCACCGCCGCUGAGGGCCCCAUGAUGCCGCUGGGCUUAGGCAACUUCCCGGGCACGGCCGGCAUGGGCCCGGGCGGCACGGGCGGCACGGGCGGCACGGGCGGCAUGGGCGGGCCCGAGCCGAACCGGCCAGGGCCACCGCCUGGGCCACCGCCUGGGCCGUCCUUCCAGGCCUUUCAGGGCACUGGCAUGCGGCUGGGUGGCUAA